GACGGUGCUGGGAGACCCGGCGUGCGCUUUCCCCUUAAGAUGUGAACCGGGAAAGGGGAAGGGGCUGAGGGGAGAAAGAACGUGGCCUCCCCUGCGAGUCUAUGGUCAGUGACUGUGACCCGACCGGGAAACGACCCUCUUCUCAAAAGCUACGAUCACCGCCCGGAGCGCGCGCGCACAGACCGGUCGCAGGCGAGAAUUGGUCUUUUCAGGGCACAGUUCAGCUCCUCUGUGGCUGCGUCCCCAGAUGGCAGGAUUUCCAAGAAAUCGAGACUGUCCCUCGUGCACUUGGGAAUAAUAAUUCCCCAAGACAGCACUUGGGGAUUCCGGGUUAUCCUGAGGCUGCCCGGGACUUCUCCAGCUCUCCAGCCCCAGGUCUCCCGACAUUGUGUUCCAGGCUGCGGGCUAAGCCAGACAGUGUUCGCCUCCCGUUCUUUCCACCGAGGGAAGCGAACGCCACCCCCACCCGCCUUUGCCUGCGAGUCUCCCUCGCUGGCCGCAGGGAAGCCAGUCCGGUCCCGGGAGGAAGAUGGCGCAGCAAAUUCGGUGAGGACGGCCGGCCCCGCCCCCGACAAGGAGCUCGCGCGUUCACCUGGUGUCUGGGAACUUGAAUGUGUGAUGGGCGCUUAUUGUUCUGAACCCUUGAUGGCUCCCUCCUCGGGCUGCAUUUCAAAAAUAGUCAUAUUUUUAAAGGAGUUGGAGGAGAGGGAGGGGGAGGACAUGGCACCAUUCCAGAAACCAGCAUUAUUACAACACCAUAGCCAGUAUAUUUAGUUUGGCUUUUCCUAACAUAGAAAUCUUUGAAGGUGGGAGAGUGGAAAUAAAGUUUUAAAAAUGAGAGAGCAGUUUUCCAACUAUGUCAACAAAGCCUAUCGUGUUGAUGUUUUUAUUGAUCAUUUUAGCAACAUGCUAAUAAAAUUUCAAAUUGAAAUUUUUAUUUUCAUGGCUUUAAUCCAUGAUAGUUUAAAUACUGGGGGCCAUUAAGAGUGGAUGUAGCUAAGAGCUUAGCUAACAUUGCCUUUUCACUCUAUUUUUCUCAAAUAUUAUAAGAAUUCUGUUUUUGACUAUUGUAGUUAGUUUUUUGGCUUUAAACAGCAGCCCUAGUAAUGGUGGAGUUGUUAAUGAAUGUGUAUAUUGUACUGAAUUUCUGUCAGUUAAGGGGUUCACUGCUUUGGUGGAAAUUGCUAGCAGGUUCCAUGAUGUUUCUUUUCUCCAUGUUGUACCUCAUUAUCAUUUCAAAUUUGCAUUUCUAUUUUUCUUCUUCUCCUCCUGAUCCCUUUAAAACUGAAUCUAGAGUUGGUGGCUUUUCCCCCUCCUCUUUAGCUAGUUCCUCAGUUCAGUUCUUGCUGAAAACAGGGAAGAACUAGUAGGAUCAGGACAAAUGUGUGUUUUUCAAAAACUGAAGGCUGGGUGUGAAACCCCUUCCUUGGACAAGGAUUAUAAACUUCUCUCCUCCUGCUGCAGCCCCAGCCUAACUGAUAGUUACUUGAUUCAAUGUGUUAGACGCUUAUAGCAUUUAGGUCUCUUUCAAGGGAAUUUGUCAAAUAAUGCUGUUUAGCUAAUUGUUGCAAGCAAUUGCACAUUAACAGCUGUGAUUUGGUUGGACAGAAACUAUUACGACCAAAGCCAGUUUCUUGGCAUUUCAAAAAUAAUGCAAUAAAAACUAGUUGAGGUUAGCUGAGACUGAAAAUGCCUUUUUCAUGAUAAAUGAUUCACUUCUAUUUUUUUUUCUUUCUUUUUUUCUUUGGUUUUCAUCCUGGAUUCAUUCCCUGACCUUAAAUCAAAAGGUCAGAUCAAUGAAAUAUGAACUAAAGUAUUUUUCUUAAACCUAUUGAGUGAUUUAUUUUUUAAAAAAUGUUUAAAUGCAUAUGCUUUUCUUUUAGCACAACAGCAAAACUUUCGUAAUAACUCACUUACCCUUGCAUGUAUAAAUAACUGAAAGUCAUUUAUUUCCCUAACUUAUUCCUCUUUCAAAUAACAGGUGGCAGAUCAUAAAACGAAAUUCUUUAUUGUAUCUACACAUUCCACAUUCCUUACUGUGUCCUGUUACUGUAUCUUGGCUCCCUGCUGUAUUAAACACCAUCUUAAGCACUUGUUCCUUCAGGACUCCUUCUUGACAUUUUAUCUUCCCCUCAAAGUCACUCAAGGGUGGGACUUCAUCAAAAGAAAUGAAUUAGUCUCCAUCACACCUAAUACUAAGAUUUAUUUCCUCUGAUGGUACAUAGAUUUCUCUCUCACUAAGAGGUCACUCAUCACUCUCAUAGAGGAAUGGUUUGUCAGCUUUAUACUUGCCGAGGCUAAACUGGCAGUAAAAAUGAAUUGGGUAGUUAAAGUGGCAUUCGUUACGAUAUUGGCCUAUUAAAUGAUCGGGUUCAUGAUAAUACCUCUACAAACAUGCAAUAAUAAAACAAUAGUUACAGAAGAAACUUGAAAGGCUUGCAAGGUUUCUUAUAUUCUUGUUGAAAUAAUCAUUUAUUAUCUCUUUGUUCAGUGUUAAUAAGGUAACCCAUGGCAGAAAAAUUUGAGUAACAGUUCAUCGUGCAGAGGAUAUGGUCAAGAUAUUACCUAAUGGCUUUAUCCUGAAAAAGGUGUAUAUGUUGACAAUAUGAGUGAAACCAAGAUGGUGAAAUUUCCCAUGGCAGAUAGCAUGGGCACAGUUGAUUUUUAUUGUGGGUGAAUGUAACCAUUCUGUAUUUUACCAGAGGUGUAGAAAUUAGCCCAAAAGUUUCCUAAACACUUCAAUGGUAUUAGGAAUUUAGUUUUGGUAUUAGUUGUCCUCUAGAGACCGCAGCUUCCUAGUAAUUUCCAUGAUGUUGGGUGUGGCUAAGCUGGGGAUGGGUUCUGUUGAGCCUGCGCUGGUGUAGAGGAAAGAUUUCUUUAUACUACAUCUUUUCUCCACUUUCAGGUAGUGAAAACAAACUAUGAUUUAAAAAGAAAAGAAAAAGAAGAGAAAAGACAGGAACUUUUACUUCAAAGAGUGCUUUGUUCCACUUUUAUUUAAACCAAAAAUAAAAUAAAAUAAGGAGGAGGGCUGGAUAUACUUUAAACAAAACCAGUCCUGAAAUGCUGUUAUUCUCAAAGUACAUUCC